AAGUUUGGUUACCGUAAUACAAAGAUAAUUUCUCUUCAGCUUCUUUUAUAGCUCUGUCCGACGUAAACAGAGUAAGAAUAAUUUGCAGAACGGGAGCUGAAAACCGCUCCCCUGUUGCGAACCAACAAGCAAACUAUUGUUCCAGUAGACUCUCUUGUUGCAAUUUUUUUGUGGAUUUGACCAUGCCCAAGAACGGUUCAACAACCGCGGCUGCCGACUGGCGGCGCAGCGUUCCUGGGAUCAGCAAUCUGUUGCACCAUGCUUUGGAGACGGGACAGAUGGCUGAUGUGGAGUUCUCCGUCGGACGCGAGUACGGCGACGUGGUAAUCUUUCCGGCUCACAAGUUCAUCCUCAGCCUGAACAGCGACGUUUUUAACGCCAUGUUCAAUGGAGGGCUGCCCGAAACACGUGGGAAGUCUAUCGACAUCACGGAGGUUCUGCCGGAUGCGUUUUCGAUUAUGCUCGUGUAUAUGUACACUGGUUCCGUGGAGGAUAGUUUGCGAGUGGAGAACGUCUUCCACGUUAUCUACUGCGCGGACAAGUAUAAUUUGCCGUUACUUAUGGAUUUGUGCCUGCAGUUUGUCCUCAUCCAGCUGGAACCCGACACCUGCUUGGCGUACUUGGAAAUUAUUAAACCUUAUCCACACGACAGCGUGCCUGCAUUCAUGGAGAAGUGCUUGGAGAUAGCGGAUGCGUUAACGGAAACGGUUUUGCGAUCGGAGCAGUUUCUGCUGAUUAGUCAAAAUACACUGGAGAUGGUGGUGCAGCGGGAAACCCUAUCGGCGGAUGAGAACAGCAUCUAUACGGCCGUGGAGAAAUGGGCGGUGGAAGCAUGCCGCCGGAAUAACCUGAGACCGUCCGGCAAUAAUCGGCGUCAGAUGCUGGGCUCAGUUUUGUUCCUGGUCCGCUUCCCACUGCUCACCGAUGCUCAGCUGGUCAACGGGCCUGCGAAGAGUGAACUGCUUUCGGAAAGCGAACUACUGGCGCUCUAUAAAUACAAACAUGCCAUAGUGAAACCGCCGCUCGCCUUUCCGACCGAGCCCCGUACAGGUUGCGGGUGGACUUUGCAGUGCCAUGAACGUGUUUUUGUUCAGCCUGAGGAUGCAAACUGGCUGGCGGGUGAAGUUAGCGGCAUCGAAGACGACGGUGUUACGGUCCAGCUGGUGGGAAGAUCGGUGACCAUAAACGAGCGAGAUCAGAUUGUGCGGGCGUCGGAUAUCCUGAAAAAGGGCCAAGCGAUUCUUGCUUUUGAUGGUGUCUGGAAGACAGCCAAGUAUUACUCUAUAGCGGCUGAACGCGAUUCCCACGUUGUUCGAAUCGGAGACCAAAAGGUUGCGGUGGGCUUCGUUUAUAUCCGGAUUAGCCGCGAUGAAAUGGCUGCCCGGAAAGCAGCCCAUGUCGGAUAACAUAACGAUCUGGCCUACGUAGCUGUGCGGAAAACCGUUAUGGGGAAUACUGCACGUUUGUUGGAAGACUUCCGUUAAACGAGUUUUAGUGGUUCAUCGCGAUGAGCUUUUGAAUCUUUUUAC